AUGCGGGCCCCGGAGAUGACAUAUAGUCCCGCCUUUCACCAAGGCCAGGACCCCCUCAGUGCUGCCACACGCAAUUCAAUACUGGGCCCGCUCCCAGACCGGUCAGUCGAACCCUCUGACCAGAGUCGCCCCGGCUCAUGGCGGCCGUCCGCCGACGGAUCUCCCUACGAGGGUAGCCUUCGUUCUUCCCACCCUCGGAGAUCCCUCGCCCAGUCGCCCCACGCCUCCCGCCGCUCGUCGAGAGCCGAGAAUGACGUCCCCGUCACUCGUGUGGUGGUCUCGGGAGGGGUUCUCUAUAAAGAAGAAAACUCCCGGGGGAGUUGGGCUGAUCAGCCCUCGUUGAUGUCGGCCGACCACUCCAGUCCGCCUCGGAAACACAAACGAGGCGCUGCCGGAGAUCUCCCGGCCGUGGACGCUCAAGACGCCCUCUUGAUGUUGUUCCGCUUAUCGGCACCGGUCCCAAUCUACUCCCUGGGGGCAUGUGUCUACACCUUCUUCGCCCUCCUCUUUGUCAUUCUCGCCUCUCCAUUACGACUAUAUCCACCCACCCAAUACCUCCGCCGCACCUCCAUCCAAUCUCAACUGUGUGACCUCCUUGCCCCGGCGCUGCACAUCCACGAACGUCUGGUGCGCAUGCGGCCUCCAACGUCGCACCGUUCCUCUUCCACGCAGUGGAUCCAAUCCGAGGCGGACUCGGAUCCUCCCUCAGCAAACGGAGAGGCCCCCCGACCUUACUACGUCGGCAUGUCCCUCGUGGUCCUUUUGCUCUCGCCGUUCUUCAGUUUUGUGAUUACCUUGUUUGCCUGGACCGCCGGCUUCUUCUGGGUUUUCACCAUGGUGAUGGGCAAUCCCGAUGGAACAGAGCGCAAGGAUGACGGCCGCGCUGCCGUCCUCGGGGUCUGCAAAUGGUGGCAAGUGUGGCUCGGCAAGGCACGCCGGGUAUCAUGA